AUGAUAAAUGUUUCAUCUACUUUUAGAAGUCCAAAAAAGAAUAAGCAAGACUUAAAUGACUUGUUAACAAUCAUUGAAGUAUUUAAAAAAAACUAGAAAAUUUAUUUAUCCUAAAAUCCUAAAUUGAUUUCAAAUAUUCAAUACGAUGAACCAUCGUAACUUGUCUCUAUUAAUGAAACCUUAUAAAACAAAAGCAAAAACAAGAAGAGUCGAUCUACUGAAUAAAUGAAUUUAAAAUUAGUAUUAGAAACAUGGUAAGCUAAAUAAAUAUUUAUCAAAGAUAAUAUUGUCUCAUAAAAUAUUUCUAAAAAUAUUAUCAUUGAUCCUGCUAAUUUGUAAUCUGUAAAAUAUUACUAUGGAAAAAAGUAAUAAUUAGCAAUAAAUAAAUCAAAAUAAAAUUAAUAAUUUCAUUCUUAAAGAACUAAUAGCGUUAAAAAUAAUGAUACAUAAAUCAAAUUGCCGCCACUAAAAUCUAUAUAUAAAUUACUUGUAACUGAAUCUGAAAAUAAACCUAAAAGUACUUUAGGUUCUAUAACCAAAAAAAUGUUUUCUUCUGAUAAAGCCUUAUCUCAGGAUGUUUAUAUGCCAACUGCAAUAAGUAUGUACCUAUUUUUAUUUAUUUAGGAGUUCCUCCAAUAAAUCUGCCAAAAAUUUUAUUGAAUAAAACUUAAGAAUGA